AUGUUUGAUGAAAUGUCUCAAAUGCAACCUCUUCCUUCAAUUGUGCAUUUCACUAAAUUGUUAGGGGCCAUUGUGAGAAUGAAACAUUACAUCACUGCUAUCUCUUUGCUUAAGCAAUUGGAGUCCUCUGGAAUAGCUGAGCCAGAUGCUUAUACUCUAGCCAUCUUGCUCAAUUGUUACUGCCACAUGAAUCGUGUCGAUUUGGCUUUCUCUGUUUUGGGAAGCACUUUGAAGCUUGGUUAUGAAGUGAACAGCACAAUGCUCACCACUUUGAUGAGGGGACUCUGUAGGGAGGAUAAAAUAGGUCAGGUAGUAGAGUUGUUUAAUGACAUGGGGGCAAAAGGAUUUCAACUUAAUAUAGUUACUUGCAGAACGAUUAUAGAUGGUUUGUGCAAAACGGGGAGCACUAGCGCGGCUAUUGAGUUGGUUAAGAAGAUGGAAGAGAGAAAUUGGGAAACCAGUGUCACCAUUUAUAGCAUGAUCAUUGACGGUCUUUGUAAGGACAGAUUGGUAGCUGAGGCCUUUAACUUCUUUUCGAAAAUGAUCCAUAAAGGCAUUUCGCCAAAUGUUAUUACUUACACCUCAUUAAUCCAUGGCCUAUGCAAUUCAAACCAGUGGAAAGAGGCUACCAAAUUGUUGAAUGAAAUGGUGAAUGAAAAAAUCAAACCGAAUCUAGUAACUUUCAAUAUAUUGGUGGAUGCAAUUUGUAAGGAAGGGAAGGUUGCAGAAGCAGUUGAAAUAGUUGAAGUGAUGAUUCAAAGAGGUGUGGAGCCUAAUACAGUCACUUACAGUGCACUGAUGGACGGUUAUCGUUUGCUAAGCAAAUUUCAUGAGGCAAAGAAGAUAUUUGAUUCGAUGGUUGGUAGGGGUUGUUCCCCUAGUAUUCAAAGCUAUAACAUCUUGAUUAAUGGAUAUUGUAAGAAGCAAAGAAUGGAUGACGCUCUCAGAAUUUUUCACAAAAUUUCCCGGAUGGGAUUGGUUCCUAAUACUGUUACUUACACCACUCUUAUAGGUGGUUUCUGCCGUGCAGGAAAACCUCUAGUUGCGCAACAACUUUUAAAUGAGAUGCGAGCCUGUGGCCAACAUCCUAAUGUUAUAACAUACAGUACUUUGUUAGAUGGAUUGUGUAAGAACCAAUGUCUGGCUGAGGCAAUGACCUUGUUUAAAGACAUGGAAGAAAGUGGACUGCAUCCUAAUAUCGUGGUUAACAGCAUCCUCAUUGAUGGUAUUUGCAGAGCUGGAAGCAUUAAAGAUGCAAAGGAACUCUUUUAUAGUCUUCCUUCCAAAAGGUUGCAACCUAAUGUUCACACGUAUAGUAUUAUGAUCAAUGGACUUUGUAAGGAAGGGUUGUUAACUGAAGCAAACAUGUUGCUCAGGAAAAUGGAAGGGAGUGGUUGCUCACCCAAUGGUCGCACUUACAAUAUAAUUGUGCAGGGAUUUCUUCAAAACAAUGAGACGUUAAUGGCAAUGCAACUUCUUCAAGAAAUGGUUGAGAAGGGGUUCUCUCCCGAUUCAUGUGGAAGAUUCAUAGUUGUUGGCCUUGCAGUGUGCUAUGUUAUCACUUACAACAACUUAAUCCUUUGCCUAUGCAAUUCAAACCAGUGGAAAGAGGCUACAAGAUUAUUGAAUGAAAUGGUGAACCAAAAAAUCAAACCGAAUGUAAGAACCUUCACUAUAUUGGUGAAUGCACUUUGUAAGGUGUUGAUAGCUAUCUUGAGUGUAAAAGGGGUUUUUGGUAAUUUUGUAAAGAGGCUACCAGGUAUGGGCACGUGGAGUGUUGUGGUCCUUAUGAGAGAGUGUAUUGAUAGCUACAUAGUGUGUGAGUGUAAUAUUGCAGCUGGUGUAUUUACAUAUAUAUAUUUGAGGACUAACAAUGCUGUCAGCUGCAAGCCAAAAGGUGGUUUCUACCGUGCAGGAAAACCUGUAGUUGCGUAA